AUGGGUAGUCACUCCAAAAAAAGCGGCAAAGGCGGUGGCGGCGCGCAUGCGCGGCAGGCCCGGCAGCGGCAGCAGGGUCCGGUAAAGGUGCUCAAGAAGGACCUUGGCGUACCUGACCUGAAGGACGUGGCGCAGCGCCUGACGCAAACGGCACAACGUCGCACGCACAGCGUCUUGAGCAUUCCGCACAUGCACGGUGCCGAGGAGGCAGGUGGGUCUCGGCCAAGUAACAGCGGCGUAAGCGGCGGAGGCCUUCGCCUCGCCAACCUCAUGCGCGGCGGUGGCGCCUUCGGGAAGGGCAGCGUCUGCUCUCCGAUUCGCGGCAAGGCCCUGCAGCAGGUCGCUCAGAGCGCAGAGGACGCCGGUAAAGCCGAGUCGACCUUGGCGGACCGCCGUCGCGAGAUGCUGACGCUGGCGCUUCGCACCUCCGAGAAAGUGCAUGACUACGAGGCCCCAAUGCAGCUGUUUCGCCAGGACGGCGCCAGCGAGGGCUACGCGGAGGAGGACAACGUGUGGGUGGAGGAUAUGACGCGCCGCGGGCAGGAUCGCUCGCUGCAGCGUUUCUUCAAAGAGUUCCAUCGCGUCGUUGAGAAUUGCGAUGUACUAUUGCAGGUGCUGGAUGCCCGCGACCCGCUUGGCUGCCGACUUACGCAGCUGGAGAAGAACAUCCGCUCAACCUACGGCGAAGAGCGGAAGAAGAUAGUUGUGGUGCUGAACAAGGUGGACUUGCUGCCGUCGAAGGAGGUGCUGGAUGCGUGGAUCAACUACUUUGAGCAACAGGAGCAGCUCAUGUGCAUUCCGUUUGCAGCCAACGCCAAAGGUUCACUGGGGCAAACGUACGUCACGAACAUGUUUCGGCGGCUGCGCUCACUUGCCCGCAGCGGCGAGACGGGCGAGCGCAAAGCUAUCGUUGUUGGCGUGAUUGGAUACCCGAACGUUGGGAAGAGCUCCAUCAUUAACGCGCUAAAGCGCAAGCACGUUGUCGGCGUCGGCAACAUGCCCGGGUUCACGACGGGCAACACCGAGGUGGAGCUGCGGUCUGACAUCCGCGUGAUGGACUGCCCCGGCGUGGUCAGCCCCGGCGAGGACAGCGGCGACGUGGUUCUGCGCAACGCCAUUCGGGUUAGCGAGCUGGUAAAUCCGUUCUUGCCAGUGCAGCGACUCCUGCAGCGCUGCACGGCGGUGCAGCAGGCUGAUGACCACGACAACACCGACGUCACCGCCCACCAGGCGUUGCGCAACAGUGGGCUGCACCCAUUGGCUCUGUUCUACGGCAUUAGCCAGUUCCGCGAGAACGACGUGAUGGACUUCAUUGAACAAGUCGGGAUGCGUCGCGGACGACUCACACGCGGUGGCCAGGUGGACGAGGAGUCGACGGCGCGCAUGAUCCUUACAGACUGGAACGAUGGCCGCAUUCCGUACUACACAUAUCCACCUGCUGUAGACGAGCUUUUCCUGCGCAGCGACGACGCCUACCGCGCCGUCAACAGCAGCGGCUGCCUCAGUGGUGGCGCUGAGGAGAGUAGUACGCAGGCGGAGCUGGUGUCGGCAAAGGCGCGCGGCGUGACGCUGGACGGACUGCCCACGUUUCACCUUCACAUGAAUCUGAUCGAGCAGCAGCAGCACACAAAGAAGCGGUGGAAGCAGAGCGACGCACCCUAUGAUGACCCUGACGGCGACGAUGGGGACGAGACUCUCUAA